GAGCGGCGGCAAGAUGAUGACCUGCAUCAGCUGAUAUCAAAGCUCGCCGCCAUGGGGCACGCGCACCAUGCCGCCGCCACGGCUGCGCCGGGCAGCGGUGACGGUGACGGCGACGGCGGCGCCGACGCGCCCACGUCCGCAGCGGGACGGCGGCGGCGGCCGCGGCGUGAGGAGCCCCCCGGCAGCGGCGCCUCGAGCGAUCUGGGAUUGGACGAUCUCGAGAGCGAUCUCGUCUCCGAGGCGCGGCAGCUGCUGCAGGCGCGCAGGCGCGCGUCCGGCCCGGCCGCCGCGGCGGCGGGCGGCGGCGGCGGCACCGCGGCGUCGGCCGGCGCACUCAGCGGGUCUGCGGAUCUGGAGGGAUUGCUGGCAGAGGCAGAGGCGGGCAUCGCAGCCGCGGUCUCCGCGCUCGA